AUGGCGUUCCUCCUUCCCAAGCUCACAACGCCGUCAGGCCCGUCAUGCAAGUUGCCCCCGAGUUCCCUCCUCAAGCCCCAGCUCGCCCAGCCGGGCCACGGCGGCGGCAAGAUCCAAGGCUCCGGCUCCGGCUCCAGCUCUGGCGCUGCGCAGGUCGCGGCCCCGGGCCACCUCAGUCUCCUUCUCCUACUCAGCGCCCCGCAGCAGGCAGCAGACCCAGCGUCCAAGUCCACGGCGACCAAGAACCGGGGCAAGGGCGGCGGGGAUCCGCAAAGGUCGGAUUUUUACCUCAACCUCGGGACGGCGGUGCGCACGCUGCGGGACGACCUGCCCGACGUCUUCGACCGGGAACCCAACUACGAUAUCUACCGUGAGGACAUCACAUUUGUCGACCCACUAAACACUUUUCAUGGGCUCGACAACUACAAGACUAUCAUCUGGGCACUUAGAUUCCACGGGUGCCUACUAUUCAGAGAAAUUGGGCUUGAUGUAUCACGCAUUUGGCAACUGACAGAGACUUCAAUAGUUGUCCGGUGGGAGCUGUGGGGCACUCCACGUGUCCCAUGGGAAUCAUAUGGCUGCUUCAGUGGGACGUCGAGAUACAAGGUUGACAGGAAUGGGAAAAUUUACGAGCACAAAGUCGACAACUUGGCAUUGGACUUCCCACGAUCAGUAGUGAAAGUGGGUAGCAUUGCUGACAUGGUAGUCGCCACACCGAGCCCCAAUUUAACGUUUUGGAAUGUGGUUGGGACAGGUGAUGGUUGCUCAUGGACAAAGCUUUAUGAAGCCGUGGUGGAAGCUGUGGAACGGGAAGAACAUAUAGUUCCACUGGCUUUGGCGUUGGAGGUCUACCUGUCCCCUGCAGCUUCGGCUGCGGCUGUGGCUGCAGUUUUUGAACUGCAAACUACUGUAGCUUGA